GUGGGGCUCCGCGUCGGGGCAGGUCCCGACAUGGAGCAGGAACCGCGGCCGUGUCCCCCCCGCGCGGGGCCCGGGACCCCCCCAAAAAGCGACCCCCCCGGCCCCACCCGCUGGGGCAUCUGCGGGGCCGGGGCCAUCAGCCACGACUUCGUGCUGGCCCUGCAGACCCUGCCCCGCUGCGACCACCAGGUGGUGGCCGUGGCCGCCCGGGAGCUGGGCCGUGCCCAGGCCUUCUCCCGGCGCCUCGGGGUGCCCCGAGCCUACGGGUCCUACGAGGAGCUGGCCCGGGACCCCGACGUGGACGUGGUGUACGUGGGGGUGGUGAACCCCUCCCACCUGCCCACGGGCCGCCUGUUCCUGGCCGCGGGCCGGGCCGUGCUGAUGGAGAAGCCGAUGGCGGUCGGGGCCCGCGAGGUGUCCGAGCUCGUGGCGACCGCGCGGGAACGGGGGGUUUUCCUCAUGGAGGUG